AUGAAGACGCUUCUGGGGUCAUGGAAAACGGCCAGCCAAACAGUCUUCGUUGCCCCAUCUUUUUCUCCUCAUUCUCUCCAUUCUCUUCAUGCCUCCCCUCCUUCUCCUGCCUCCCAUGUCUCUCCUGCACCUUCCGUCUCUUCUGCUGCUCCAGCCAUUCCCUCUGUUCCUUCUGUUCCUGCCAUUCCAGCUGCUGCAUUCGCCUCUCCUGCUGCCGUCUCUUCUUCUCCUCCUCCCUUCUCUUCUUCUCCUGCUCCUGCCUCUCCCUCACCACCUCCCCCUUUACAAUCACAUCAAGCCAUGGCACGGAAAUCCGAACCCACUUAUACUUCACCGUAUCCCUCACCUUCCAUUCCUCUGCCGAACCUCCUGUCAAAGCUAUGUCAUCCGCCCCCUUGA